GUGCGCAGUUCUACCGUUCUCUGCACAAAGUCCGCUCGUGUGUGUCCUAGACACAGAGCACCGGAGGGCACAGCCGGCGCGCUUCUGCACCGCCCUUUCACAGCGCUGAUUCAUCUAGAUGGGCCGGAUCAUUCUGUUGCCAAUGCACAACGCAGGGAAGAUGCGACUGCUGUGCCUAACUCUGUGUGUGACCGUCGUCAAUGGAAUUGUCCCUGAAACUUGGACAACGGUCGACGUGAACUUCAGCGCAACUGUGAAAAUGAAUUUAUCACAGGAACAAACGACACUGACCGACAUGUUAAAGGAGGUGAAGGAACAAAUGGAAGACACGCAGCACAAAUUACAGGACGCUGUGUACCAGAUGGACAAUGAGAGUGCUAAAUCCAGUAGGUACAUCCAGAACUUCACCUCAAAUUACUACAGCGAAAGCGAUUCAGAGACCGUGGCUGGAAAUCAAUCUAUCCCAACUGCAGAGCCGAUCAAUAAGAUGUCGGACAAUACAACCUUAGAGAGCCACAUCUCCAGAACCACUGAGCAACCCAACGGCAAGGAAAAUUACAUUAAUCAUGAGUGCAUCAUUGAUGAGGACUGUGAGAAGAGUAUGUACUGCCUCUACGAGACACACCACUCCAAAUGUCUGGCCUGCAAGGAGCUGAACGCGACCUGCAGUAAAGACAAAGAAUGCUGUGAGAGUGAACUGUGCGUUUGGGGUCAGUGCAGUAAGAAUAUCACUAAAGGAGAAGCUGGCACAAUCUGCCAGUACCAAAGUGACUGCAACAGUGACCUGUGCUGUUCCAUCCACAAAGCUCUGCUCUUUCCAGUCUGCAGCUCCAAGAUAACAGAACAUGAGCACUGUGUUCUCUCAGCCAAUCAUCUGUUAGAACUGUUAUCAUGGGACACGGAAGGAGAGGGCCCAAAGGAACACUGCCCCUGUGCUGGGGACCUAGAGUGCCAACGCCUGGGUCGUGGCUCCUUGUGCUUGAAAGGCCAGAGUUCCAGUGAAGAAGACCUGACUGACGCGCUCUACUCCGAGAUCGACUACAUCGUCUAAACCUGGAAGUGGGACCUGCUCAGGUCCGGGGGUCGAGCGUGCAAUCAGCUGAACAACAGUGAUCCUCUGGAUAUCUUUGCAAGCUGCAUAUAACUAGUCCUUUGUUGCCCUUAAGUGUUCAGCAGAGCAUCAUGUACUUUUUUAGAAAACUACUCCAGACCUAGCUGGGCCACAGUAACCUUACAAAGUUCCAGUCAUAUCUCCACAUCAUGCUUCAUGUUGCAGUGUUCAGCUCCCUCUCAUAUGUAUGCAAGACUUGGCUAAAGCAGUAGAUCUUAGCAGGACAAUGUAUUAGAGCUCAUCUAGGUUUCUGAUUACAGAAAAUUAUAUGGAAAAGGCAUAAAGCAUACAAGGUACCGUUAUAUAGACUGAAGAGGUCAACUCAGACAAUUAGAAACUACAGAACCUACUUUGUUUCUACAGCCUGUUAGCCAGCAUGCACAUUCAUCAGCCACCCUCAACGCCAUAUGUCAUAGUUCAGUAUUUCGGUGGCACAACCUUCUCAAGAGAGGGUCACGCUGCGCUACCUCUGUGGCAGUGGCAUGGCAGUGGAUAUCGUGCUUAUAUAAACGUAGGUACAGCAGUGUUGCUGAGGUUUUACCAGCGUCACUUGGCAAUGGCAGCUCAGUGGUUAAAGUACUUGUCCAGUGGCAGCUCGGUUGUUAGGAUACUUGACAAGUAAUUGGAAGGUUACCAGCUCAAGCCCCACCACUACCAAGCUGCCACUGCUGGGCCUCUGAGCAAGGCCCUUAACUGCUCGAACUCCGUUCAAGUUGCUUUGGAUAAAAGGGGCAGCAAAAUGAUGCGAAUGUAAAAAUGUUUAGCGGAGGUCUGCCAGCCCAUAAUCUGUCAGAAACUGAGCAUACAUAAAAAUCAAGAGGAUGACAAACUGUGCAUGGCCAUGUAUGGGCUCUAGCUUCUGCCCCAACACCUGCAAGGUGUACCCACAAGGUAGGUAUUUCUAUUAAAGUGCCUUGUAAGUGUAUGCAAAUAAGGCUAAUGAUCCAUAUAAAGCAGAAUAUGGUCAAGGUCUAGAGGUAUAAUGAGUUAUGACUUCUACACUGAAACUAGCAUGCUCAAACAAACAUCCCAACUCAUCUAAAUCUCACAUCAGUCAUUAAAAGGUUGAAAAAAUAAAAAUGAAAUUUGUUCUCAA